AUGGCAACUUCUAGAGAUGACGAGAAGCUCACGAAGGUGCACCUGAUUGAGAAGGGUGUCGAUGUGAUCGUGGAGCGUAGUUCUCUAUUUCCGGCCGCAUCAGAGUCCAAAGUGAACGCCGAUCGUGUGUGUCCGGUCCUUGUCGUUGAUGCGGGUGAAGAGCAGCGCAAAAUUGCCGCAGAAUUUAUCGGGCGUACUAGUCGAUGCAUUAAUGGUUUGGAUUUUUGCAAUUUGGUUGUAAUCCCAUCUGUUGGGAUUUGCGUGAAAGGCCGUCUACUUGUUUCUUCUGGGCCUGACAAAUAUGUCGAAUUGAAAGAUAUCAAAACGGUUCAAGUAAACGGAGAAGAAAAACCAAUCGAAAAAAGUGUGUAGUU